AUGCUGCCACAUAUUUCAGCCACAGAUUCGGGGGCCGUUUAUCAUGCUCUCCCACCAGUCGCGGUCGAUGACGAUUGUGACGACGAACUUGAAUUGACAUUCGAUGAUUCGGCAACAGACCACUUUGUCGUUGAUGAGGUUGUCGAUAGUCGAAUACGGUGGGUCUACUUUAUGCUAGGCUGCGCGAUCCUUCUCCCUUGGAAUGUAUUGAUUACCGCCACCUCGUUCUUCUUGUCUCGUUUGGUCGGAUCACCAUUGCGGGCAACCUUUGCCUCAUACAUGACCACCACUUCCAGCCUAUUCAAUGUAUUCGCGCUGGCACAUGCCACGGCAACUUCGAAACAGUCGUCACCCUCUCGACGAGUUUUCUGGUCUGCCGCAUCAGUCACACUCAUCAUCGUUCUCCUGUUCUUCAGCACCUUUGGAUACUACCAACCAUCAACCUUCUUUUUCUUUGCAAUUCUAUGUGCUAUUUCUCUGGCGAUAUGCGUUUCAUAUCUUUCCACAGCCACCUACGCUGGGGCCUCGCUCUUCGGGGCUCCUUACAUGCAAUCUAUGAUAUCCGGCCAGGCUGCCAUAGCUGUGGUUGUUAGUGUGGUCCAGGUGGUUACGUCCGCCUUGUCCGUGUGGGGUUCGACCCCGAAAGCGAUUGCCGCGUUCAUAUCUAACGAUGGUGUUGGAGACGGAACGGCAGAGCAGGAUUCUGCCCGUACAUUUUUUGGAAUAUCCGCAUUGUUUAUGAUAUGCACAUUCAUGGCCUACGCCUGGAUGGCCCGGUUGCCAGCCUACAAGGCCACUGUCGGGAUUUUGGAAGAAAACGUCAAACUUGAAGGAGCCCUAGGCAGUGCCGAUGAAACAGGAGGGCUCGUCUUUCGCAAUACAGAUCAAGAAAACCUUGAGGAAAGAAUCCAAAUAAUACGUGUAUUCAAGGCGAACAUCAUCUAUGAAUUUGCUCUUGCAUAUGUCUUUGUGAUCACCCUGGCCAUAUUCCCUGUUAUUACAAUUACCAUACAAUCGACUAACCCCAAUACCCAUCCAUUACUAUUCACUGCCAUUCAUUUUUUGAUGUUCAACCUCGGCGACUUCUUUGGACGAUACAUCUGUUCUUUCCCAAGAGUAAUAACAUGGUCCGCUACACGCAUACUGGCAUUCUCGAUCGUCCGUACCCUGUUCAUCCCCAUCUUCCUUCUGUGCAACACGGUACAGGGCCCUUCACGUGAUUUGCCCGUAAUCAGCUCCGACUUUGUCUAUAUGCUCCUUGUCGGCGCUUUAGGCCUCUCAAGCGGAUACGUCUCUACGCUCUGCGUGCUGGGUGCAUCCUCUCUAGAGCACAAUCCACGAUUGCGGCAACGUCGCGAAGACGUCCCCAUUGCGAGCACCGUGGCUGGUUUCUGUCUCAUCGUGGGUCUUGCAAUCGGGGGUUUUGGAAGUUUCGGGAUAAGAGCUAUUAUUUGCCACUGCAAUCCUUUUAUGAAUUGA